UUGAGCUACACUAGUAGAAGCAGUUUCACCACUGAGAGUCCAUUAUACCUAUAAUUUAAAAGAUUAAAACCAAAAGAAUUAUGCCUUUUGGGUAAUUUAUCUAUGUGUGUACUAGAAAAUAGAUACCACAAAGGAGAUCAAGUCCAAAUAUUUAUUUGGCCAGUUCCUAAAACUGUGCUUUCUACACAGCAGGCAUUUAAUUGUUAUUGAAUUUCUACAACUAGAUAGAAAGCUCUGAGACAGCACUGAUAUAUAUUUCUUUGUUUGGACUUUUUUUCCACAUUGUCUAAGACAAUACUUCAUGUUCCUUAGGUGGUUGGUAGACAAAUGUUAAUUGUCUGACUGCCACAAAGAUAAAGAACAUAGGAAAUGUAUUCCUUAUUCUUAGGACAGAGGCAGAGUUGAUGCCAGGUCAUUGGCCCAACCUAACACUGGCUAUUAAUCUUGGACAUUUGAAUUUCAGACUUGUCAAUUUUGUUGUCAAAAAGCACAUUGCUAAUCUGCCCCUGGAAUCUUUGGUCAGCAGUUAAUCAUUGGCUAGUGACUGAAUAAAGUAUAUUUUGAGAGAUUAGGGUCCUCAAAGUGCCACAUCAUCAGGAAUUCCUGCCCCAGGAAGAGGUAUAAAGGCAGCUGAUCACACAGGCUGGAGUAUUCACAGAAUCCUCACAAAUUCAGCUGCUGCUGAAGCAUCAGAGUAUAACUGAGAAGAUGAAAAUUCUAGUGCUGAUCAUGGAACUAGCCCUUAUCUGUGGCCUUCAAGCUGAUAUCAAAUUGGGGAACAUUGCAUCACAGCUUACUGGAGAGUGGUUCACUAUUGCAUUGGGCUCAAAUGUGACACAAAAGAUUGAAGAAGGAGGGAGCUUGAGGUUAUUUAUCAAAAAUAUCGGUGAACAAAAUGGUAUAAUAAAAGGAACCUUCUUUAAAAGGGAAAAUGGAAAAUGUGUUCAGUUCUCUGUGUCUACUAAAACAGAGAUGGGAAGUCCAAAGCAAAUCGAAUAUGAUGGACUUAAUGAGGUCUCCCUUCAAAGCAUAGACUCUGUACAUGCCAUAUUUGUCUUUCAUAAUUCCAACAAUGGGAAAGUGACUACUUGGGCAGAACUCUAUGGCCGGACUCCAGACCUGCCAAAUGAAAUGAAGAAGAAAUUUGAGAAAAUAUGUGAAAAAUUUGGGAUUAGGAGGGAUCAAAUUAUAGACAUGAGCACUGAUGAUCGAUGUUCGAACCUUAGAUAAAGAAGUUUAUGCUGACAUACAGGAACUCCUUUACUGAAACAACUUUGUGUUUAUGGAAAUGACUUCUACUUUCUCUAAAGAACUGCUAAUAUGGAUUAUGAAAAUUUUCACUACUUUUCUGUUUCCUCCUCUGGCCUGCUGGAGAAUUCCCCAUCCCUGUUCUGCCUUUUCAUGGGCAGGACUCUUGGGUGAGACCUUUUCCUGUAAAUGUCUAAUAAAUAAUUAAUCCAGUA